UGGUUUAUAUACAUCGGCGUUAGGGUCAUUCUAACACCAUUUUAUUGCAGAAUCGUAAACAUUCUAGACUUGUCACGAUGGUGAAGUUCCACACAUUAUCGGUCGCAGCCAUCUUGGCGAUUGCUUCAUCCAAUACUAUUUUUGCUUCUGUUCAGAAUGCUUAUGAAUACGACAGCCAAUUAUUGGAUGAUUCUACAAGCUUCGUUGAAAAGAAUUCCCGAUCAUUCUCAAGUAAGCCUAAGGCAGCUGACACAGCAUCCCACGCCACCAAAGAUUAUGUGAUUGCUGUGGAGAAUUCAUCACAAUUUACUGCCGAUUUUUGGAACAAGGAUCUAAGGGAAUUCUUGGACAGUUUGAUAAAGAAAUUGGCUUCUUCCAGCGGAAGGAAAACCAUUUCCUUAGUUGACUAUUCCACCAUUAUUAAUCGCUGGUUAACAAGGGAAACGGUUAAAAGUGAUCAAUUACCACAGGCUGAUAAAAAGCUUGACAUGCUGUUAAAGAACCGACGCAAUGUUGCCAACGCAAAUGUAGGUUACGCAGUGAAGUAUCUUAGGAGAAAUUUCUAUGCUAACGGUGCUAAAUACCUAGUCAAUGAUUACUCCACUGAAUUGACAUAUGAUGCUGCUCCUGGUAAGGACACUGUUAUUUUCAUCAUCACCAGUGGUGAGGAUUCUAACCCCGAUUUCGCAUUGAAGGAAUCAUUGAAUGACCGUAGGAAUGGUGCUACCUAUUAUGUGAUUGAUUUUGGUGGCAAAAAUGGCAAGUUUUGGGGCCAAUUUGUCGGCUGCCGCUAUCAUUACAGCUGCCCUAACUACAUUGUUAGCAAGAGUAGCAACACCUCCAAGGUUCUUGAUCACAUAGCAACUCAGCUAUCAAAGAAAGGCCCACGUGAUGCUGUUUGUUAUGAGGAGUGGUCUGAUUAUUCCGAAUGCAGCAAACCUUGUGGUACCGGUAUUAAGACGGCUGUUCUCGAAGGUUUCAAAACCUUAGUAGCCCCCAGCAGUGACUCCACUUCUGUUGGUCGUUCUUGCAAAGAACAGAUGCAGAACUAUAAAACCAAGCAACUACUUUGCAACAUGCAACCAUGCAACAAGGCUACUGAAACUGAUAUCCGCGCCCAUACUAAUGAUGGAGAAACGACAACCACCAAUAAGGGCGUCAUGGUUCGCCCCUUCGUAAUGCAGCCAUUGAAGUUCAAGGGUUCGUUCGAUUUAUCGGAUGAAGGAUCUAGUGUCGACCCUGAGAAUGAUAAAUCUUCUGUAUCACAAGAAGAAGUUGAGAAGAUGAGAGAAAACGAUGUUGUUGAUGGUAAGCCUCGCCACUAUGUUCCAUCAUUAUAUGAUGGUAAUAUUAACCUAGAUGAAAUGCUCCAAUUUGCUACUGAUGCUAACCGCUACAUGAGCAAGUGUAACACAAAGUCUAAGGAUUACGUGAUUGCAUUGGAAGAUACUACUCAGCACUCUGAGAAAACAUGGAAGGACCUACAGAUGUUCGUCAGGCUUCUCGCUGAUGCCCUCUCUGCAACAAAUGGCACAAACACAUUGUCACUAGUGAACUUCUCGUCAAAGAACUAUCUCACUAUGGACAAGACCAUUUUAUCCCCAAACAACAUGAAGGAGGUUGAUGCAAAGAUCGGUAAGAUGUUUGAAAAACGCAGCAAGGACAAGGAAGCUGACCUAGGCAGUGCUUUGAGAUUUUUGCGUAACAACGUUUAUAUAAAUGGUAACAAAUACCUAUUGAAAGAUGCUCGUACUGAGUUAUUGUACAAGGAUGCACCUGGUAAGGAUACAGUCGUGUUCAUAAUUACUUGUGGCAACAUCGUCGACCGUAAUGUUGCACUUCAAGAAGCAUUUGAUGCACGUCGUAACGGUGUUACUUUCUAUGUAAUAGAUGUUGAACCAAAGAUGCAGCAGCUUUGGACUCAAAUGAUAGGUUGCCGCUACCAUUUCAGUUGUCCUAACUACGUGGUUGCCAAGAACUUGAAGCCCACCAUUGAUGUAGAAUACAUAAUGGAGCACAUUUGCACUCAACCAGGCAAGGAUGCCGUAUGUGCCGAGGAUUGGUCUCCAUUCUCAGAAUGCAGUGUAAAAUGUGGCGGUGGUGUUAGAACAUCUGUAUUACAAGGAUACCGCACAUUACUUACUCACAGUGUGGAUCGUGGUUCUGUUGGCAAAUCAUGCCAGGAGCAACUCAAGGAUGUCAAGGCUAAACAACUCCUUUGUAACAUGCGUUCAUGCAAGCCUCAUGAACUGGAGCAAAAAGGACCCAUUAUUGAAUCUUCUGUGGACGGACCUACUAAAGAAACUUCCGUCAACGAACCAGCGAAUGAAGAGGCAUCUGAUAAAUCUGCUGGAGCCCCCUCUGAAGAUAAGUCAGCUGAAAGCACAUCAGCCACUGAACCAGCUAAGGAUGAAACAGUAACAAAUGAACAUGUCGAAACUCCCGCCGGAACCGUAGAGAGUACUGAAUCUACUUCUGAGGAACCAACUCCUGUUGCUGAAGAUGUUGCCCAGCCUCCCCAAGAGGAGGUUGUACCUUCUGAGAAUCCCACCAGCUUAGAUAAUGAAGAAGUCAAGGAGGUUGAAUCAACACCUUCGAACGAUGGCAACGGAAGUGAUGUUACCGAGGAAGAACCGAAGGUUACUGAUGUACCAGAGGCUGCUCCUUUGGAGCCAGCACCAACUAAGAAUCCAGAGGAGAUUGCAGUGGAACCUAAGAAUGAAACCGAAGGCAGUGAAGACAAAGGUGCCAAGUCCGAACUUCCUCUCCCAGAGGCUGAUUUGAGAUCAGAGAGCAACCAACCCUCCACUGGUUCAGUUGAAAAGGGUGAGCCACAGGCAGAAGCCAGCUCUUCUGACAAUUAUGACACAGUUACAAUUCCAGAGGAAUUGAAAGAAAACCUACCCAAACCGGAAAUUGAAACCCCUAGCCACGAGGUGGCACCAACCGUUGACGAACAUCAGAAUGUACAUGUUGUUGAGGAGACAAGUAACAACGACUAUGAACAAAGAGCACACAGGGAAGACUACACCACAAAUGAUCACUCUGAUGAACAUGACAAGGAGUCGUACUUCACCACGACUAAUGCUAUGAUGGGUUCUGCUGUAUGCGUCGUUGUAUGCGCGAUUGUUGGUGGAGGGUAUGCAUUAACCUCUAAGAAGGACACUUCUCUUGACGGCAUCAACGACGGUGAAACACCCUUCUUCGAUGACAGCACAAAUGGCAGGGAAGAGACCGCCGAUACUUACGAUGUUGCUGGCGCAAACGACAAUCUGUGGGCUUAAUUAGUACCCGUUUAAGGCAGCGUGAUAUGCCUUAUUAGUAUCAUACUCAGGAAAUCAACCGGUUUGACUGGUGAGCAGUAUUUUGUCAGAAGAUUGCAAUACCACUCACAUAUCACAAAUGAUGGUCAUUCCUAGCUGUUGAUCUAACAACAUAAAUGCAGUUUUUUAAAAAUUAUAAUGUAGUUAUAUAU